AGGCGCGGUGACGUAUGACGCAGCGGGGGCGGGGCUGUGUGUGUGGGAAGCUGAUAGAGGGCCGCCGGAGAGUUGUGUCACUGCCAGGCCGCGCUCUCUGUCAUCCUGUCCCGCCGCCGCUCGCACCAUGUCUGACAAGGAGCUCAUGUGGGCGCUGAAGAACGGAGAUAUGGACGCGGUGAAGGAAUUCAUCGCCGAGGGCGCGGAUGUCAAUCGGAUGCUGGAGGGGGGUCGGAAACCUCUACAUUACGCAGCAGACUGCGGACAGGAUGAAAUAGUGGAAUUCCUUCUGGGAAAAGGAGCAGAUAUUAAUGCUGCAGAUAAACACGGCAUCACUCCUCUACUGUCUGCCACCUAUGAAGGACACUUGAAAACAGUCAAACUUCUUCUGGACCGGGGAGCCGAUAAAACGGUUAAAGGACCUGACGGACUUUGUGCCUUGGAAGCUACAGACAACCAAUCUAUUAAAGAACUGCUUCAUUGAUGGGGACUGGAGAUUAUCUGCACCAUUUGCCUCUUACUGCUGUCUUAUUUCUUUCUCUCUUAUUUUCUCUGCCAAUUUAUUCGUCCUCCUCACCUUACACCUGAGGACUCGAGUUAACACUGGGAGGAGCUCCUUCCAUAGGAUAGGCUUCGAAGAUAUGGAUGUACUAAUGUCUCAAGCAGUGUUGGGUAAUAAAAGCAUUUACAUGAAGACCAUAGCGGGGUGUGGGUUAGCCCUGUUUUAAAGAAGUGUUGACUCUUGUUCCCACCACUCCUGACAAUAGGGAUUGUGUAACAGAAGUUCUUAUUUCGUUCCCCAAAUGCGAUAUAACCUUUUUUAUUUUUGCUUCUUAUGUCUGUUAGAUACAACUGUUCUAUUCUGACGUUUUAUACAUGUACUGUACAUUACAUGACAGAUUAUAUAGAGCAGUAACCGCUACCAAUCUAAGAAUAUAUAAGACGCACACUCCACUGUGGGGCCGUUUAGGAAUAACUGUUCUAAGAAAGAAAAAACUGCUACAAAAUAGUUUCUUGCCUGAUCUUUUCUUCAUAUAUCUUUAUUUUAUGAAACAAAAAUAUCUUGUGAAUGGUAAGGACAGAAUAUAGAAUGUUCUAAUCCUUGAGGCUUUGUCCUCCCGUCCCAUUUGUUUUCUGGUUUCUCUUAUUUGAACUUUUGUUUCCAAUUAUCGAUCUAGGACUAAAGCUUUGUAUUCUUAAAUUAGACGGAUUUUGAGGUCGUGUUUUUUUUUUUUUUCUUCUUUUUUCCUCUCCUGCCACUGACGCAAUAUGUGCAUUAAACCACUGCAGUGAUGUUUUUGAACUCUUUA